GUUCCAGUCAAAGCAUGGACUAAAACCAUUAUAACAACUGAUAAAUAUAAAAAUGCCUGUCCUAGAUUGGCCCAAUCAUAUUUUAUGCAGCAAACCAAUUUAACGUUCAGUGAAGAUUGCCUCUACCUAAACAUAUACACACCAGUUCUGCAAAGGGUUAAGGUAACUAAAAAACUGAACGUGAUAUUUUUCAUCCAUGGUGGAGCGUUCACUGAGGGUGAUGGCAGCGAUUUAUACUAUGGACCGGACUUUCUGAUGGAAGACAAUGUCGUUUUGGUUACAAUCAACUAUCGCUUGGGCCCAUUUGGAUUUGCCAAUUUUGAUAGAUAUGGCUACACUGGCAACAUGGGUUUUAAAGAUCAACGUGAAGCUUUGAAGUGGGUUAAAAUGAAUAUUAUUUACUUUGGUGGCGAUCCCGAUGCAAUUUCUUUAUUAGGAGAAAGUUCUGGUGCGGCUUCGGUACAUUUGCAUCUGUUAGGAGCAUCAUGUGAAUACAUAAAUCGUGCUAUCAUGUUGAGUGGAAGUGCAGUCCAUUACUGGGCGCAUUACCAACCAAAUAAUCACCUCAAUCUCUUGAGAGAAAUAUUCAAAGAUGACUUGGGUGAGCAAACUAGUGACGAAGACGUAUUCAACUUCAUGAUGAACGCUCCAAUGGAUGUUAUUGUGGAAAAAACACCUCCGUUUGAAACGCCUAAUGGAUUGUUCGCAUUGUUCUGGGCAGCCGUCAUCGAAGAUGAAGAUAAAGCCAUCAAACCAUUUUUAACUCGAAGACCGCAUGACAUCUAUGCCACAAAAAGCUUGAGUCAUCAUUGUAAAUGUGUCGAAGUAAUGUUUGGUGUAACGAGUGCUGAAUUUGCAAUAGUUACUGAUCCGACGAAUUUGUAUGGAUGGAUUGAGCCAGUGAAAAGUCAUGCUCUCAUUGGAUUACCAUAUCACGGACUCACUUUAACACCAAAUGAUGAGGAAUACCAAGCAUUUCAAACUGAAAUCUUUGAUUAUUACUUUGGUAAAGAGGAAAUUGAAAAGACUACUGAACGAUUGAAUCAAUACUUGCAAAUGGGUUCCGACAUAAAUUUUAUUGUUGCAUUCUAUGAAGCAAUCGAAUUGCAUGCAGAAAUAUCACCAACAUUUUGUUAUCACUUCAAUAUCAGCUUGAAUACGAAUGUCAUAAAAGUUCCUAGACAACUGAAUGUGGUUGAAGGUGCGAUUCAUGUAGAUGACAUUGGAUAUAUUUUCAAAUCCGAAGAGUUCUCUGAUUUGUAUGAUCAAACGAUGAUAAAUCGAAGGUUCAAUGUGAGAAAUCAACAAACGAUUAAUGCUUGGCAAUUCGUAUCCGGACUUUUUACCGAUUUCACCAAAUACGGUUCGUUGAGAAAUGUGCAACAGAUUAAAUCGACAAAAAAUGUCAAAUGUGUGGAUAUUACCAAUACCGGCUUAGGCGUGACUGCCAUACCAAGGAAGACAACAAUGAACGAAUUGUGGCUUAAAAUCAAAAGACGUGUUCAGCCAAGAAUUGUUGACGAGUUUUAAACGGAAUACGAAAGCAGCAACUUUGCACAUAUAUUUUAUACACAAUUCUACCCUAAAAGCAGUAGUGAGAGUGUGAAUAUUAAUGCGACUGGUAGAGAUUAAGAUAAGAGAAUCAAUAAAAAAAAGAACAAAAUCAAAUAUUUUCCAUCGAAAAACAAGAUCUUUUUUGUUCAUAUCAUACGCAACAAAAAAAAAUU